CGAAGCGCCGAUGCCUUCAUAGCCACAUCUUCUGUGGUUCCCAACCUCUAUCACCCCCCGUGCGACGGCGACGGCGACGGCGACGGUGACUAACCUCGCAUCGCCCGCCGCGCCCUCUUGCAUUGGCCGGCCCCUGCCGGUCGGGGCCGACUUCAGAUCUGCCAAGCAUGCGCGCUUUGCCUCUGGAGCCCGGCCUGGCACGAUGGUAUGGGACGGCAGCGGCGACGAGGACCCGGUGCUUCCAGCAGCAAACGCCGGCGCACGACCGCCAACGCCACUGAGAACAGUGCAGCCGCCGGCAGAGCUCCAACACCAACAGCAACACCAACACCCCCAAUACCAGUAUGGUUACCGAUACCACCAUCGAUCCCAACAUCAACAUCAACAACACCGAACCGAACACCAACAACAGCUCCAACAUCACGCACGCGAUGCGUCGCAGAUGCCACCCCCGUCAGUACCAGGGCCAACCGGCACGUUGCCACCCGAGACAUCGGGCAAAUUAUCACCUUCACGCACCGUCGAAAGGUUGGCGCACAAGCUUAGCAGGCAGAGCCUGCAACUUGGCCCUUCUAGCGACGGCCAACUGCAGACCCAGCCAACGCCCUUGUUGCUAUCCCCGCCGGACGGCCUGCAGGAACCCGAGUUGUUCGUGUUUCGAGACCGGGCCCAGCGCGCGGUUACUGACCAAUCGCGACCGCACCCAGCGAGUGCUCACACGACCGAACACAACAGCAGCCCAUCAUGGCUGCCGCCGGCUCCCGCGCUGGAUGUGGGCGAGCCCAUCGUGAUCGAUGAGGCCUACGCCGAGCAGCCCGACCACCCGCGCCUGUUGGAACUGAAGCAAUCGCAGCAGCGGCAAACAAGCGGGCAGCUCCGGGGCAGCUCCAACGCCCGCCUGGUCGACCAGCGCUUGGAGGACAUGGUGAUAACCGGGACACAGUGCAACGUGCGCAGCGAGCCCGGGCCAAGCGCCCCUGGAACAACAACAACAACAACAACAACAACGCCGUCUCGACCACCAUCCUCUUACCCGAUCAUGAACGCCGCGCCGGCCUUCAUCGAGCUCGAUCCCGACUGCGCCAUGCCGACGCCCGACCUCGAAGUGGACGACACCUGCGCAGAGGGGAUAGACAUACCCGACGACCUGUUCUCAUUCUCCCCGGCCGAGGGGAGCAUCUCGCUGCGAUCUGCGAGCCGGCCCGGAGGCAUCAGGAAAUACACGGUGGGCGGCGUCUCGCUGCGGUACCGGCUGGCUGCCGACGCCGCGCUGCGGUGUGCGAACGUGGUGCGCAGCCGGCCCCGGAUGCGCAAGCGGACCGGGACUAAGACGCGGCGCGACAGCGCGCCGUCACUAUCGGCAGUGGCGUCGGCCAUGAGCUCCCCAGCCGUGUCGGUGGCGCCCUCGUCGCCUCUAUUGCCUGCGUGUUCUCGACCUCCAUAGUUGGGUCGCGACCGCAUGUUACCAUUUCCUUUCCUUUCUUUGUCGGCGUCGGCGACGCCGCAGUAAUAACCCUCUUCUGACCCUGGACCUUUCGCCCUAGUGUACAGGGAUCGCUAAGCGCCAGACAACCUUUUUUGCUU